AUGAAGCUAUCCUUAUCGCAGAAGCUGGAGGAGGAUUACAAGCUGGAGGCCACUUCUUGUCUGAAGAAAAGGAUAAGCGACUUGGAGUCUCAACUCGCGCGUGCUGAUGCUCACAUUGUCAUCGAUCAGGUUCACGAGCUGGAAGAGAUGGACAAGAGUUUCGCUAUGAACCGUGAAAGAUUGAAAAGCCAGAAGAAGAGGAGAUCAGUGCGAUCUACUUGCAAAAACUGGAACGCUUUAUCGAAGUCAGCAUCAAGGAACCAGUUUCUAGGGUUCAUGAUGAUGGAUUCAAAGGUUUGUUCCUUGAUGUUCGAUUUGGAAAGAAUCCGCAACAGCGACGAAGCUUUCGUUGAUCGAGUAAUAAACCAAGUAAGUGUACUUGAUCACAUGGAGAUAUCGAAAACCUUUUACUGCGAGGGAUUAUUGUUACUUGUCACAAAAGACUCGAGGCCCUUGGUAUGGAACCCCUGUAUGAAUCAACUCUUGAAGAUCCGACCAAGAAACAGUUACAGCAGAUUAGACCAGUAUGCUUUCGGUUACGACAACAACAACCGAAACCACAAAGUCUUGAGGUUUAUAGAUGAGUACUUAUUCACUGACGGACUCGUAAAACACGCUCUUACGUACCAAGUCUUCGAUCUCGCCUCGGAGUCAUGGAGAGUUGUUGAUGUCACUCCAGACUGGGAUAUCAAAUCUUAUCAACGUGGUGUGUCUUUGAAGGGAAACGCUUACUUUUUCGCUCAAGAGAAAACUACAAGACUGGAGUUUGAGAUUCAAGAUUUCUUACUAUGUUUUGAUUUUACAAGAGAGAGAUUUGGUCCACGUCUGCCUCUGCCUUUUCACUCUUAUGCCAGAGACACUGUGGCUUUGUCUUGCGUUAGAGAAGAGAAGCUCUCGGUUUUACAUCAGAGCAAGAGGCUUCUUGAUACGAUGGAGAUUUGGGUUACCACUAAGAUCGAGCACAGUGACGUGUCCUGGAGCAAGUUUCUGAGAGUUGAUAUGAGACCACUCACUGGUUUUCAGUUUGACUAUAAAAGUGGGAGUUUCUUCAUUCACGAGGAGAAGAAACUCGCAGUGGUUUUCGAUCUAGACGGAUACAAACCGACACGUUGUCGCUACCAAACAGCUCACAUCAUUGGAGAAGAUGGAUAUUACAAAUCUGUGAAUAUUAAAGAAGCUAAGGAUCUUGGGGAACCUGGUAUGUCCGUAUAUUGUGUCCCACUUGUGUGUUCUUCUUCUUAUGUUCCAAGCUUAGUGCAACUAGGCAAAAGGAAAGAAAGAGAUUAUUAA